UGUUCAUUCACGAAGUAGCUAUGUAGUGGAUCCUUGAGGCCUUGUCGAGAGCUCGUCACGGUAGUUGUUUAUUAGUGUCCAUGUGAAUUCGGUGUUCCGAGUUACCGCCGUGGGCUACAAGCUGGCUGCUUAUUACAGCACAGCGCAAGCAUCAAAGUCACAUUUAUCUCCCAUAUUUCCACCAAACAUUCGAGAAUCCAUGUCUCUGCAGGGUUUGAUUUCCGGAUCUGAAUGUGCUGUACCACUGAACCCGCUGUCGCAAGUUCUGAAACACACAGAAGGAGACAGAAGCUUGCAGCAGGAUCGUGUAGCUGGUCCUUCAUCCUCCCGACUCCAGCAUCUCCCAGGAUCAGUUCCAUCCCAAGCUGCCGAACAGGAUGUCGCAAUGGCACGUCAGUUCUUCGAAGGACAGCAAAGAUCAGGUGGCCCCGCACUUGCCACACCUCCGUAUCUUCAUCCGGCAGAACUUGCUCGCAUGGCGGAAAUGAAUAGACUUCCAGAAUUCAAUGAAGCAUGGAGUAGGGAAAGAUAUCAGCUUCCAAUGCAGAAUGGUGCGGCUCAAGGCUCAUGGGCAAACGAAUUUAGCGGCACUCAGCAGCAAUCCGUUGGUGGUUCCGCUAUGCAACAUUCUGUUGCCAUGCAGAUGCCUGAAACUCAGAGACAGCAAUUCAUCGGUUCGCAUGGGGUGUAUGGAACGCCCAUGGGUUUUUAUGGGAAUGGGGGACAGCCAUUCUUCCAGGGAUUCAAUCCUACAUCCCUGAGUGCAGACGCGAGCAAAGGAAAGGGUAAAGCCCGCGAAGCUGAUUAUGAAGCUGCGUUUUUGCAGUACGCUGCUUCGUUGCAAAAUCAAGAAUCCACUUCUAGGAUCGUCGAAUUGGACGAUAAUACGGCUUCUUUGGAGCAGGCCAUGGAAAACGUCAAGCUUGAAGAUUCUAAACCGAAGACUAAUGGGGAUUUCAAGGACGUCUGGGAUCAGAUGCAAAACUCGGAUAUACCACCUUCCACCGAAGAUAUCGGCAAAUGGGAAGCACAAUUCAACCAGCUCAUGGGUCGUGAUCGUGAGGAGCUUGACCAAGAUUACACUUCAGCUAUGCAGGACGCUUGGAAUAACAGUUAUGGAAAUUUUAAUGAGAGUGCCCUUGAGUCCAAGUUUAACGAUGAUGGGAUACCCAUCCUGACCGAAUACGUGUUCGAGUCAAAUAACAAAUACCUUGAUCCAUCUUCGUCUAGUCAGUCACUGCUGAGCGAAGCAAAAGUUUUUUUGGAGCAGGGCGGUUCGUUAUCUGAAGCUGCCCUUCUGCUCGAAGCUGCUAUCCAGAAAGGAGAGCUCGGUGAGGGCGGAUAUGAAGCAUGGAUACUUCUUGGCGAAACCAGAAACAUGGAUGAACGCGAAGACCUCGGGCUGCGUGCACUGACCGAGGGUGUUCGCUUAUCAGAAGCUGCCAAUGCCAACGGAGUGGGUAUGCUGUCCUUGGCGAUCUCAUACACCAAUGAGUCUCAUGACCGUGCUGCUUAUAACAUGCUAUUGCGAUGGUUGGGAGUCCGUUUUCCUGAUUUUCCAAUUUCAGAUGAGACCCGAAGGGCUGUUUCUCUGCAUUCAACAUGGGAAUCACAUGAAAAGCUUACAGAGACCUUCCUUACCCUGGUACGACAGCAGUAUAACGAAGGGGUUGUCGAUCCCGAUACUCAGAUUGCCCUUGGUGUGCUAUUUUACGGAUCAACAGACUACGAACGUGCGAAGGAUUGCUUUGAGAGCGCAUUAUCACAGCGUCCUGGGGAUUACCUACUCUGGAACCGAUUAGGAUCAUCUCUAUCCAAUGGGAACAAACCUGAGGAAGCCCUUGGAGCGUACAGGGAAGCUUUGAAUUUACGCCCUACUUACACUCGUGCUAUUUAUAACGUUGGGGUAGCAUGUCUCAAUAUAGGAGCGCACAGAGAGGCAGCUGAACACUUUCUGAGUGCAAUUAGUAUGCAGAAAAGCACGGGCGGUGGUCACACUAGUGAUCAGUUGUGGUUGACCCUGAGGCGUGUGUUUACUGCAAUGGAGCGCAGUGAUCUUGCGGAGAUGGCUAAACCUGAGAACCGGUCAAACUUGGAUGUUUUUCGGCAGCAAGGAUUUGAUUUCUAGUAAUUACACAUGGACUAGACGCCACAUGUAGACCCUGAUCUUGGCUAUUGUAUUCGUGUCGGCCACGUUGGUCAAGUUAGUAACGUUCCGCAUUGUGAAGCUGCGGACGGAUCUAGUAUGAUGUCAGGUUUGAAGAAAUCAAGAAGCUGUGGCUGCUACUCGCACUAGAUUAAUUGACAACCCUAGAUCAGUGAUAUACCUUGCCUUGUCGGGCCGAGCCUUC